UCAAAAUUUCAAAACUUAAAAUGACAGGUGGUACAAUUGACAGGUGGUUCAAUUCUUGCAUACCACUAUUUUGUAACAAUAUUUAUGAUGCAAUAAGAUUUAGGUUUCCCGCAUUUUUUAGCCGACCCCCUGAACUGCGGCAUAAUUAGGGGGUCGUAUAAACUGUUUUUCGUGUGGGUUCAAAAGGGCCUAGCCCUUGCAUUAACCCCCUUUUUGGUGUGUCCUGGUACAUGCCUAUAUAAUCCCUCCAGUGAGGGGGGAUAAGUCAGUUGCAGGAUUAAUUUGCACACGAUAGAAAGCGAUAUAAAAUAUGGAUUCUUCAUUUAUUUUUUACAAUGGCCGUGACGGGGAUCGCACAGAAAGAACACUGCGGAGAAGCCAAGUAUCAGUCCAAAGACUGGCAAUGAUUUACAAGCUUGACGUUACAUCGGUGUACAUAACAGAGGAGUUCGGUUCCUCAGAAUUUCCGAAUCCGGAUGGGACGUUUGAUUGCCUUCGGGAGUCGCCUUCUGGCACGUAUUACCAAGUGGAGGGAGAACCACAUCAAGGCAUGACUCAGGUUAGAAACCUACCGACAUCAACGGUCAAUGACAUCGGCGCGUUUCGAAGGCCAACAAUGUUGCAUACAUCUUCGUCCACGAUGUCGCGUAAACGUGUAGGUGCGGCUGCGGAGAACUAUGUUUUAAAAGUUGUUCUGGCGGAUAUAGAGAACAAAAAAAUCGUUAAUCAGAAACGAAUUUCGUUUAUAACAAUAACGGAAGCAGAAGCAAACGUCGACGCAAUCACGGAGAUGGCAAAAACACGAUUCGAAGAUCGAACGUUGGUGUUAGUGCAAGGAGGUGGUUUACGAUACGAGGACUCCGCAGCCACAAGAGGAAUAAGCUUCUGGAAAGCCGCGGCUCGGAAGGUUUAUGCAGUAAAAGCCAAUGAUCUCGAAACAUUUGAUUAUUUUACGCCACGAAGAACAAGCACACAGUCCAUUAAUUUUGAAGAAAUAAAGGAAAAACUUGCUGACCUCACCAGCCUCGUCCAAUCUGGCGUGAUUUUAACUUGUGUGGACCAAGAUACACGAGAGGCAGCACAACGAGCAUUAUCAUCUGUAAAGAUCUGUGAGAAGGCAAAACAAAGCUUCGAGUGCUUGAUAUGUCGUGGGUUGAGCCGGAGUCCGGUGAAAAUGGGUUCCUGCUGCAGAAGAAUAAUUGGUUGUGGCGAAUGUGUAGAUCGCUGGUUUUUAGAAAAUCAAAAUUGCCCACAUUGCAGGUCCAACGAACUCGACGCAAUUUUUGAAACUAAUAAUUUUGAUGGAGUGCUUGCAGAAAUACGUUCUGUCUUUCCGAAUUAAAUUUUAUAAAACACCAUCGUUCUUUUGAAAAUCUUUCUGAAUACUUUUUCAAAACUAACAUUGAUAGCGUUACUGACUUUGCGCACCCUUCUUCAUAGAGCCUCAAAAAUUACCUUUUUCUACAUUAUUGAUUUGACGAUGAUCGAUCACUCAAACUAUCUUUACAUAGUUUUAAGGCGGUUCGAUGUCAAAAAAUUAUUUCUUAUUUAUUUUAGCUUUUAUUUUAUUUUAUGUACUAUAUACUUAAAACGGAGAGAGGAAGGCAAAAAUCUUCUUACCACUGUUUUUUAUGACCCGGUUUUUAUCUGUCACAGUGUAAAUAUUUUUAAUUUUGUAAAAACUUGUAUUUUUUAUGUUUCAAAAUAUAUUUUAUUCUUCACAA